AUGAGCGUGCCAAAUGGACACAACCGCCGCCGCAGCUCAUCCUUGGACCGUCGCGAUCCUUAUUCCUCCCCCUCUGUCUAUUAUGAUGAGGAGGCAGUGAGGCGUCAGCUGUUGGGGGCGCGCAACCGAGCUGUUUCUUCUUACAUCAAACCCGCGCGUGAGAGCCUUCCAGGUUACAAGGGCAACUAUCCUGCCCGUCGAACCAGCCAUGACGAACAGUACCAGCAACAUCAGGAACUCAUAGUUGACGUUGACCGCACCUUGAAAGAUCUGAUUGAGAGAGAGGACAUUGAUGGAAAUCAACAGAUCACCAUUGAAGACAAUGGUCCCAAGCACAUCAGUUUGGGUACUCUGGCUUCAGCGGGGUAUCGGUCAGCCGAAGUCCGAGGAAAUUACAUGAUCAGCAACCUGCUGCAGGAGCUGACAUUGGCACAAGAUCUGGGCAAGAAGGUGGUAAAGAUACAUCGUUCUCGGCUCAGUGAGAACCCAGUCGACCGCUUAUCUCGUCGGAUCAGGGAUGAAUUCUGGACCAACCUGACUCGGUGUCUAGACGCAGACACCAUCGAAAAGGCUGGACGUGACCCCAAAGAUUGGACAGAUGAUCCCCGCCCUCGCAUCUACAUACCACGUGGCUGCCCGGAGCAGCACGAGUACUACACCAAGGUUGCCCAGGAUCGUCCCGAGAUCAGAUUGGAUGUCCGCUGGCUGCCCGAGGGUCCUAUCACCGCCCAGUACGUCCGCAGCCUUAACGACGCUCCCGGAAUUCUGGCUUUGGCAAUGAAGAAAGUGGUCAUCAAUGGCCAGGAAACGCUCAAAGGCGAGCCCUUUGUCGUGCCUGGCGGACGGUUCAACGAGCUGUAUGGGUGGGAUAGCUAUAUGGAGUCGAUUGGGUUACUCCAGAACGACCGGGUUGAUUUGGCGCGGUCGAUGGUCACCCACUUCUGCUUCUGUAUCCAGCAUUACGGCAAGAUCUUGAACGCGAACCGCUCCUACUAUCUUACCCGAUCUCAACCGCCGUUCUUGACGGACAUGGCACUCAAGGUCUAUGACAAGAUCAAGCACGAGCCUGGUGCCCUCGAUUUCCUGCGGACAGCCAUCUUGGCAGCGAUCAAAGAAUAUUACGAUGUGUGGAUGUCGGCUCCUCGAUACGACCCUGCCACGGGUUUGUCUCGCUACCGUCCGGAUGGUGCCGGUGUGCCGCCGGAAACGGAAGCCUCCCACUUCGUCCACAUCAUCACGCCUUAUGCCAAGAAACGCGGCAUGACCUUUGACGAGUUUGUCAAGGCUUACAACUCGGAAGAAAUCAAGGAGCCAGAGCUGGACGAGUAUUUCCUGCACGAUCGUGCCGUGCGCGAGUCGGGCCACGACACUUCAUAUCGACUGGAAGGCUGUGCGGCCAAUUUGGCCACCAUUGACCUGAAUUCACUGCUGUACAAGUAUGAAAUCGACAUAUCUUGGUGCAUCCGGCAAUAUUUCAAAGAUCGAUUGCCCAUUCCUCCCGAGUUUCGUUCGGAGGCCAAUCGUAAGGAAGGAUACGAAACAUCCGCUCCAUGGGAUCGACGAGCCCGGUUGCGCAAGGCUCGCAUUGACAAAUACAUGUGGAACGAGGCCAAAGGUAUGUACUUUGACUACGACACCGUCCACAAGAAGCGUACCUCGUACGAGAGCGCCACCACUUUCUGGGCCAUGUGGGCCGGAUGUGCAUCGCCACGACAGGCUGCCGCAUUGGUGCUGAAUGCUCUCCCCAAAUUCGAGUGCUUUGGAGGACUGGUGUCAGGAACCGAGGCGUCUCGUGGAGAGGUCGGCCUGGAUCGCCCCAAUCGACAGUGGGACUAUCCCUUUGGCUGGGCUCCUCAGCAGAUGCUCGCUUGGGGUGGGCUGAUCAAAUACGGAUAUAUCGAAGAUGCCCAGCGUCUCGCCUAUCGGUGGUUGUACAUGGUGACCAAGGCCUUCGUCGAUUUCAACGGUGUGGUUGUGGAGAAGUAUAAUGUCACCCGUGAACUUGACCCGCACAAGGUGGAGGCGGAGUACGGCAACCAGGGAGCGGAUUUCAAAGGCGUGCCGCGGGAAGGAUUUGGCUGGGUCAAUGCCAGUUAUGUGUACGGCCUCUCCUUCAUCCCCAUGCACAUGAAACGAGCAUUGGGCACCCUUACCCCGUACGAUACGUUUGCCAAAGCAACUGAAAUCAAAUUGGGCACGUUUGACGACACUAUUGAGGAAGGUUCAGACGAAUCACGACCAGACUCGGCAGAUGAGGGGGAAGCAGUCAUCAGCUCGAGCGCUGAGGAGUGA